CACCCAGGCGCACUACGCACGCGUCGUGCCCGGGCACCCGCUCUCCGCCAGGCGCCACCUAGCGGUCGGAUGUGCCAUCACAGCUGAAACUGCCGCGGGGGGUGGGGGGUGUAACCGACCGUCCGAGGGCGGAGCCAUGUAUUCCAUUUGGACCAGUUUAACGUUUACAAGGAAAGUCCUACAAGACUGCUUCUUGUUGGCUUUCCCAAGAUCCCAUCCAAGAUGCUUCACUCAAAGCUUCUUCUCCCAUGAUUAUAAUGCCCCACCAACAGUGCGUCCGGCGGGCCCCUGGAUCUGUCCAGUGUUUCAACAGAAUUUGUGAACAGACCCAGGGCCACCCUUUAUUCCAGACUCCGGUCGCUCUCCAGCCGCUGGUGCAGCCUCAACCCUCUGUACAGCCUCAACCCUCGGAACCAUCUCCUCAGCUACCCUCUGCCUCCGGGGCCAACCAACACCGGUUUUUGAGCUUAGCUCCCUGUUGCCAACCAACCAUGAGCUGUCAGGUUCGCCAGAAUUACUCCACCGAGGUGGAGGCCUCCGUCAACUGCCUAGUCAACAUGCACCUGCGGGCCUCCAACACCUACCUCUCCCUGGGCUUCUACUUCGACUGCAGCGAUGUGGCUCUGGAGGGCUUGGGCCACUUCUUCCAAGAGUUGGCCCAGAAGAAGCUCGAAGGCGCCCAGAAGCUCUUGAUGUUGCAAGAACAGCGCAGCGGCAGCUCCCUUUUCCAGGACGUGCAGAAGCCGUCCCACGACAAGUGGGGGAAAGCCCUGGACGCCAUGGAAACCGCUGUGGUCCUGGAGAAGAACCUGAACGAGGCCCUUUUGGAUCUGCACGCCCUGGCUUCCUCCCGUGCGGACGCCCAUCUCUGUAACUUCCUGCAGAGCCACUUCCUGGGCGAGGAGGUGAAAAUCAUCAAGAAGAUGGGCGACCACCUGACAAACCUCCGCAGGGUGUCCUGCACCCAGGUCGGGCUGGGCGAGUAUCUCUUUGAAAGGCUCACCCUCAAGCGUGACUGUCAGCCUCUGGAGCCCAGCGACCUUUGAGGGGGCCCUCUGACAUCCCUUUAGUCCCGGGGCUUCUGUCUGGGUUUGUCGGAGCAGCCAGCAGCCAGGCAGCUUUUUAACCACCUGGGAGAGGUCCUCCCCCAAGCUGUGGACCAAAUGGAAACAAUAAAGCAUUUUGCAGGGGAGAAAGAAAAAAAAAGCCGCCUGUAUUGU